AUGGACAAAGUUCCGGUCGAAUUUAAGAGGAAACCAACAGUGGAAGAACUGAAACGGCCAGCAAGAGCUCAGAGCGAUGGUUCUCUUCAAAGUAACUUGGCUUAUAAGGAGGGAGGAGAACUAUAUAAUAUAUGGUAUGGAAAGUAUCAAUUUGACUACGAUAAGAGGGGGAAAUUAGCAUCUAAAACAAAAUGUGUUCCUGAGAAAGAUUCUGGUUGGACAAAAGCAGACCAAGAUCCAAGUACCAAGAGCCAUUUUUGUCUUUAUUUUGCUAAAGGAGCCUGUGUAAAUGGGUCAAAAUGCAAAUACUUUCACAGAAUUCCUACAGAGGAGGAUGAUGCAUUGGUUUCUCCAAUGUAUGAUGUGUUUGGGAGAGAGAGACAUGCCCAACACAAAGACGAUAUGACUGGGACAGGUUCAUUUAACAAAGAGUGUAGAACAAUAUUUGUGGGAGAUCUUUAUAUAAAUAGGUCAAAGACUAAUUACUUGGAGGGAGUAAAUAAGGUAAUAAAGAGGGAGUUCUCAGUUUGGGGUCCAGUAGACUACAUAAGAGUGAUUCCAAGUAAAAACAUUGCAUUUAUUCGUUAUUUUUUAAGAUCAUCAGCAGAGUUUGCUAAGGCAGCAAUGGAGAACCAAAUUAUUUUCAAAGGUCAGACAGAGCCAAUUACUGUAAGGUGGGCAUAUGAUGACCCUAACCCAACCAGUAUGGAGAACAGCAAGAAGAGAAACGCAGAGGAAGUGGAAAAAAUGGUUUCAAAUUUGGAAACAGAGAAGAAAUCUAAGCCAGAUUUACAGGUAAAUAACGAAAUUGAAGGUUUUUUUUGCCACCUUAACAACUUAAACUAUAAUGUUCCUUCAGAAGAGGUGGUAAAAAUUCAAAAAGAUUACUAUAGGGUUGAGAAAAUUCUGGAGUCAAUUAAAACUUCAAAAGCCAAAAACUCGGGUAAAUCCGUAACGAGCUGCGAAGAAAGUAACAAUGAAGAGAAAGAACCGAAUAAACAAGAAGACAAUUCGAUUUAUGAUGUCGUUUUAUAG